AUGGUGUUUUACUGUUCUCAAUGUACUUAUUCUAGUGCAGAAAUCAAACGGUAUAUUAAGCAUUUAAAAACUCAUCCCAUUUUAACGGGACAAUUUAUUUGUGGAUAUAAUCAUUGCGGUGCAACAUUUAGAUUUGAAAACUCUCUUAGAAGUCAUAUUAAUCGAUCUCAUAAUUUUACACGUGAAGAAGCAGGUAGUUUAGAGUCAAAUAAUAAGCAAAAACUUGAGCUCCUAGAAUUGAAAUGUAAUGUUCUUUAUUGCACACAGAAAUUUGAUGAUAUUAAAAAAUUUAAAACACACUUAAAUAAUCAUAUUAAAGACGGUGUAGCUGUUCAAUGUUAUUUUCCGGAAUGUAAUAAAACUUACAGAAAAGUCAACUCAUUGUCAUCUCAUAUAUCUAUAAACCAUAUCGAGAAAGAACUUUGUUCGGAGCUUUGUAACGAGUACGAAAAAGCCUUUGUUUAUUUAUUUAAUGGAAAAAUAGUAAGUCAAGGCCCAGAUGUACUCAGGACAGCGAUUUAUGAUAGUAUCAACUAUCAAAAAUCGCGUGUAAAAAAAAGAGCUAGAGCAAAUAGAGAAGAUCAUGAUGAUACUCUGCGGAACCGACAAGGAAAAAAAAAUGCAAACAAGAUGAGUACGGAUGCGAAGAAAAUAAACAGCUUGAGAAGUAUAAAUGAAACGUUCAUUGACUGGCCUUAUCUCCGUGAGUAUAAAAUAUUUCUUGCUCACGCUUCUGAGCUUCUCGGUAAAAAUGUUGAAGUUCUAUGGAAAGCAACCAUCCAGGCUGUGACGAAACCGAUAACCGAGUAUUUUAAAGUACAUGAAGUGAUGAAUGAACACUCCAAAAGAAAAGCGAAGAAAUCAGGGACGUUACAAAUAGAAGUUUUAGAAAAAGCUCCUGAAGAAAGCACUCGGUAUAUCCGCGAUGCAAUUAAAAAUGCCAAGAACCAUGCCCAAUUUAUUAAAAAUGAUAUUCCACUUACAGACAUCAUUUUCUCAUUUAUCGUAAGGUACAUGAAAGAAAAUCAGGAUCAUCUGUAUCUGUUUGUCGAUGAAGAAUUAUCCGAUGAUGAGAUCUGCAAAAAAGCUCCAUUAGUCACCCCGAUUCUCAUUAUUCGAGGAAAUAAUUUACACGAUUCAGCCAAUAAAUACGAUGUUAUAAUCGAAAAACAAAAAUCCGUUUCCGUGGAGUCAUUUCAAAAUGGAAUUUUAGUUACUUUUCUAAUGUAUUAUGUAUUUGCUUUAGAAUAUCCUAAAAGUAUCGAAGGAACAUUGGAAACAAUUCAAAGAUUGUUCCUUGAAAUCUGCCCCCAAGAAGGGACGAAGCGCGCCAGCAAAACCAAAAAAGCGACUGCCAUACAUCCAAAAGUGUUAUCUUUAACUGACAACAUUGGAAUAUACACGGAUUCAGAUUAA